AUGCUUGACAAAUUUAAAAAUGACAUGAUGCAGCAUUAUGAGAUGACUGAUUUGGGAUUGCUGCACCAUUUUCUUGGUAUGGGAGUUGUACAAACCAAGAAGAGCAUUUUCAUACAUCAGAAGAAAUAUGCAAUGAAGUUGCUGGAGAAAUUUGGACUAAAGGGUUGUAAAUCUGUGGGAACACCACUUGUAGCAAAUGAAAGGCUGUGCAAGAAUGAUAGAAGUGAAGCUGCAAAUGAGUCUAAGUAUAGGAAAUUGGUGGGAAGCCUUCUAUACCUUACUGCCACUAGACCAAACAUAAUGUUUGGUGUUAGUCUCUUGGCAAGAUUCAUGCAUGGUCUAAGUAAGAAGUAUAUGGGAACAACAAAAAGAGUAUUGAGAUACAUUCAAGGUACUAUGGACUUUGGCAUUGAAUAUGUAAAAGGAAAGUCAGCACUUCUUAUUGGAUAUUGUGACAGUGACUGGGUUAGGAGUAUUGAUGACAUGAAAAACACAUCAGGGUAUGCUUUCAAUCUUGGUUCAGAUGUGUUUUCUUGGGCAUCAAUCAAACAAAACACAGUGGCAUUGUCCACUGCAGAAGCUGAAUAUGUAAGCGCUGCUGAAGCAACAUCUAAGGCCAAGUGA